AUGGCGUCGAUAUUUCAAAGGAACGUUCUUUUCUCUUCUCGUGGCUUGUUAGCAUCCAGCGUGACUCGGAAUUGUUUCAUUGUAUCUAAGGCUAGCAAAAGCAUUGUGCUUUCCCCUUCUAAUCACAACAUCGAAUAUUCACCAAGGCCGCCAAAAAUCGUUUGCACCAUAAGCAACAAUGCCUUUUCACCCCGGAACAAAGGAAGGCCUAAGCAGCAAGAUGACUUCCAGAAGAUAUCAAAGAAAAUUUUAUCUGUUGGAAUGGUUGGUGAACCGAAUGCAGGAAAGUCAACGCUUAUAAAUGCUUUUGUUGGAGAGAAAGUUUCCAUCACUUCGGAUGUACAAAAUACAACGAGAGAGAGUAUUUACGUGCCGUUCGUGAACGGAGACACUCAGCUAGUAUUUAUUGAUACACCAGGGAUAGUCCCGUUUCAGGAAGCAAGACGACUCAAGCUUGGACGUAUGCAAAUAACUGCACCAAGAAAAGUUAUUGAAGAAUGUGAUGUUUUGGCAGUAGUUGUAGACUUGGAAAGCAAAAGAAAAAGAGAAAGAAUUCACGAGUCUAUUUUGGAUCUUUUAUUUGAGCAUCCAGAGUUCCCGUGUGUGUUGAUUUUGAAUAAAGUUGAUCUUAUAAAAAGAAAGUCAAGCCUUUUGCGGUAUGCUGAAAUCCUUACAAAUGAUAGAAAAAGAGAUGUGUGGGGAUACGAGCCAGUUGGUGGAUACAGUAGAUUUCAAAAUGUCUUUAUGGUAUCUGGAUCAACUGGAGAUGGAGUUGAGGAUGUGACAAACUAUUUCCUAGCCAGCGCUAAACCUGGCAACUGGGCAUAUGAAGGUGAAACCAAAGUUGAUCUGCCCAUUGACAAACAGAUUGCUGAGCUAUUUAGGGAGACAUUACUUGACAUGUUCAAACAUGAAAUACCAUGGCAAGUUAAACAAACAACAUUGUUAUUUGAAGAACUAAAAGAUUUUUGUAGAAUACAUCACAAGCUUGUUUGGCCAAAGAAAAGUCAAGCAAGAUUUGUACGGACUAAAUAUGAUGAAAUUUCUAGAAUUACAGAAAUGAAGCUCACAGACUUGUUAAAAAGGAAAAUUUUCCUUACAAUUGAAAUAAGUUCAUCAGUAAGCCUUGCAAGAAACCUCCCAUUUUAAAUUGAUCGCAUGACAUUAUUUUUUAAUGAAAUUACCACAUUUUCAAGGACAUACUUAAUUUGCAAGUCACAGAGUCAUAUGUUAUAAAUUUGUAUAUCUUCUGUUAUAUAGCAUGGCUUGCAGCAUGUAUUAAAGAAGGUUUCAGCAUUUGCAUUCAAAGUAACUGUCAAUAACUUACAGGGUAAUACAGUGGUGUUAAGUGUGAAGAAAUAGUGUGGUAUUAAAAUAUGACAUUGUUCUUUUUAAUGAGCCAUGUUUAUGGUUUGAAAGAUUGACUGUGAAAUGCUGGAGGCAUGAUACAACUAGCCUAAAGAUGUACUUUGUACACUACAUACCUUUUGUUGUGAGAAGAAUGAUGGUAUGAUUAUCAUAAUUUGAAUCGUGUAGAAGAGUAGAAAAUAAGAGAUUGUAAAAUAAUUUCAUGCAAAGUCUAGAAACCCUGGAUAUAUAUGAGAUUUUGUAUGGGAUAUUUUGCAAAAUGUAUUGGAAAAUAUAGAGAAUAUAUAUCAGGCAGAAUUUUAAAA